UAGAAUGCCAAUUUGCUGACCCUUGCUUAGAUAACACCAUCAGUGGCGUACGAUUUAAUUAAAUCCCAGUUUGGAUGCUCACAUAGAAGUUUCUCCAAGUUUUAGUGUGAAUAUCAAUUAAAGGGAUACGAAAAACGAGUCAAUAGUCCUGUAUAUUAAUUAACUAAUGCUAAAAUGCUGGGUAUAUGGUUCGUAGUCGAAAAAAUUAAUCAUACAUACAUCGACAAUUAUAUCGGUCGAAAUCCCAUAAUGAGCACAUGUCCCAUAGUCCAUCUGAGUAGCUAUCAACCGUAUUCAAAUGAAGACCUAGACGAGGAGAAAUAUAGAAGAAAAAGACCAAAAUAUCCUUCGAAUGAACUAAAUAGGUUCCAAGAAAACGAUAAUGGUCUAUAUAAGGACCCUUACCAAGUCCAUUAUGUACCGGAUUAUACGUAUCCAGACUUCACCCAAUACUUACGAAUGUAUUAUGAAACAGAGGAGAAUAGUGUUGAGGCAUUUUACAGAUAUGAAAUUAUUGAUCCGGGAUACUGGAUCAGUCCUAAGCUAGAUGGUAUACGAAGCCCAAAACUAUUUGCCGGUAACGUUCAAAUAUUGAAAGCAGUCGGCAGCCAUAUGGUGCUGACUUUUUGCGACGGAAGACACAGAUAUUUGUACACGUUAAUAUUGGCCAGACAGAGAUUCCUUAGUCGUAAGGAACUGAUUGGGAUACAUAACUUAAUCUCCAGGCAGAAAUUGUCGACGUUUUCCGUGGAAAAAUUUUGUAGCUCAUCUAACAGUUUGUUUGCUUCAUAUCGGAUUUAUAUUAUUAUUUUUGGAUUUUUUGUGAAUAAACUGAGUUAUUAG